UGUUCAAAGUUCAAACCACACUCCCUUUCUCGACCUUUACACGUGUUUUUAUCUCCAUUCAUCUCACACGACACACCCCUUUACUUGUAAAUACUCAUCUCAUCUCAUAUAUAUAUCCAGAGAGGGGACACCCUUCAUCGUAUUUAAAACCCCUCCUCCUUCUUCUUCUUCAUCUUCUUCUGAUCUCAAACAACAAUCAAUUCCUAGAUACAUACAUACCAGGAAACAAAGAUCUUGAUUUGGGCUGAGGUCUCCGACCUCGAUCACACCAUCACUCGAUUCGACUUCUUUGUUCAUUCCAACCAGUCGAAGAUUAUAAAAUCCAAUUUGGUGCAGGUGAAAAAGUAGGGGAUCGGAUAACCUAUAUAUGGGAUUAUCCCUAUCGUUGCUGUCCUCAGCUUGGCAAGAAAUCACCCACCACCGUCUCGGAUUCGGAUUCGGAUUCCAAUUCCAAUUCCAAUUGGGAUCCCAGAAUCAGCAGGCAAUGACCAUCACCAAAGACAAUCUGAACAAGAUGAAGCGGAAGAACUCCAUCAAGCUGAGGCACUGCGAGCCGGUCCGACUCGUCCUCGAGACCUCCCUCUCCUUCAAGGAUCUCGUCCAGGUCCAGGACAUCACAGUCGCACAAUCACCCACCACCCGCCCCAUCUCCGCCCCGGCCCUACCCGACCCGGCCUUCAUGUUCUCCCCCCGACCCGUCAGCGAGCUCGACGCCGCCGCAGUCAAGCUUCAGAAGGUCUACAAGAGUUACCGCACCAGACGGAACCUCGCCGACUGCGCCGUCGUCGUCGAGGAGCUCUGGUGGAAGGCCCUCGACUUCGCCGCCCUCAAGCGCAGCUCCGUCUCCUUCUUCAAUGUCGAGAAGCCCGAGACCGCCAUUUCCCGCUGGGCCAGAGCCCGAACCAGGGCAGCCAAGGUCGGAAAGGGUCUGUCGAAAGACGAGAAGGCUCAGAAAUUGGCUUUGCAGCAUUGGCUUGAAGCUAUCGAUCCGCGCCAUCGGUACGGCCACAAUUUGCAUCUCUAUUACGAUGUCUGGUUCAAGAGUGAAAGCGCGCAACCCUUCUUCUACUGGUUGGAUGUCGGAGAUGGAAAGGAAGUGAACCUCGACAAAUGUCCCAGAGCCAAUUUACAUAAGCAAUGCAUCAAAUACUUAGGACCUAAAGAGCGGGAAGUGUACGAGGUGGUAGUAGAAAACGGGAAGCUCAUGUACAAACAAAAUGGUUCCUUUGUGAACACUAUCGAAGGGUCGAAAUGGAUAUUCGUUCUCAGCACGAGCAGGACAUUGUACGUCGGCCAGAAGAAGAAGGGCCUCUUCCAGCAUUCGAGCUUCCUCGCCGGAGGCGCCAUCACAGCUGCCGGAAGAAUGGUUGCGCGCGGAGGCGUUCUUGAGGCGAUUUGGCCGUACAGCGGUCAUUACCUCCCGACAGAAGAAAACUUCCAGGAAUUCAUAACCUUUCUCGAGGAGCAUUCGGUCGAUCUUUCCAACGUCAAGAGAUGCGCAACCGACGACGACCGUCCUCCCUCUAAGGACUCCUCAGAAGAUUCAAUUCCGCGACACGGAUCAUCGAACACUCUCAACGAACCCAAAGACACGGAAUCAACCGCGCCGGUUCAAUCCAACGAGCCCGAGGUCGAAUUCUGCGAUCACCAAGAUAAGCCAUUAUACAGCUUGGCCAAGCACAUGUCUUCGAAAUGGUGCACAGGUCUCGGACCGAGGAUCGGGUGCGUCCGCGAGUACCCUGCCGAGCUACAAUUCCGGGCACUCGAGCAAGUCAACCUUUCGCCGCGCCCGGCUAAUGCAUUCCCUGGCGCCUACGGUCCGAUUCCGUCACCUCGGCCGAGCCCGAAGGUUCGACUCUCGCCGAGAGUGGCGCACAUGGGACUUCCCAGUCCCAGGACUCCCAUUUCUGCAACGGGGAAGUAAGGUGCGGCUAUGGCGCCGCGACCUUUAUUUCUUUCAUUCAAAUUCAAAGGUUGUAAAUGGCUCAUUUGCUCGCCAAAUCCUUUUUCAAGUUUUGGCUUUUAACAAAUUAAAGAUCAUUCCAUUCCAUUCCAUUAGGUUUAUUCAUUCCAUUGUUGUUUGAUUAUCACUAUCAUGAUUUAGAUUUUGUUCAUUGUUGUAGCCUAGAAAUGAUGAUAUGUACUACUUGGGAUUUCAAUAAAUAAAUUUACGCAUUGCAAUGCAAGGCAAGGCAAUGGCAAUAUUUUCUUUCUUUA